AUGGAUAAUAUACCUCAAGAGCCUUUUAAACUGGAAAUAAUAUCCAGCUUCCCUCUUCAAAUGUCGAUAUAUUUCAAUCUAUGCAUGUAUCCGAUGCAUUUGAUUAAUCUAUGUUUGUCAUUGUAUUUCAAGCACAAACUGCUUUCAUUGACCUAUCAAGUUAUUGCUUUUUCCGCUUCUUUAGUUCAUGUAGGAAGUGAAGGAGUGCGGUUGGGACUUGGGUUUUAUGGAAAUUUAGCAGAAAAUAUGUCCGCAUUGUUCGGAUUUCUCAUCACCACGAUAAUCAUCCAAUUACCCCUCACCGUGUUCCUUGCUGUAAAUGGUGCUUUUCUGAAUCUACCCUUGGAAUACGUCUUCUACACUCUUAUUGUGAUAUUUAGUGCUUUUCAGACUGUUUUUGCUAUUCAAGCAUUAAUGAAAACUGCGGAACGUGAAGUGGCGAAAUACAUUAAUAAAAUUCAGCUGGAAACGGUAACAGCUGAAAUUGAGGCGACUACUGCUUCUGCUAUGAAAUCUCCUAAAUCGGCUAAAAAACUGGUUAAAUUGCAAGAUGAAAAAUAA